CAAUACACUGCCGUAAUCAGACCCCUGUGUGAAUUGGACUGUGAUAAAUGAAACGAAACAGUUAAAGGUUUAGGUUUUCCUUUUUCGCAAUUCUCAAAGCUUCUUUAAGCUUGAAACUGAUGAAAUUUUGAUCAUAAACGUUCAAGUUAUCGAUUUGCAACAUGAGUGCAUCACUAGACAUUGACAAGAUCGACGACAUCGUGGAGAUGGCAAACACAAUGGCGACACUAAAAAUUCCGUCCAAAGGGCUGAAAACGUUGGACCAAAUGAAAGCAAAAGUGAAGGAGACACUCCAUUCGUCAGAGAAGAAGUCAAGUUGGACGGCAAAGGAGGUGAGAACCCUGCUAUAUCUUUUUAAAAUAUGGACAACCAGCAAACUCAAUUUAUAAACGACAUUUUCAGUACAAUGGCGGAAGUAUCUAGAUGUGACCUUUAUUAAAUGGUAGACGCAGACCAUAUCGUGAAUUUCAGUAACGAAUUGUUUAACAGUCUCUUCAUGCUAACUUAGCCAUCGUUUGCGAUUUAAUCCCAUGGCGAUCCAUUCAAUGAUGGCAUCUCAGAAAUGAAGGGUACUGGAAGAAACCUUAUUCUCUGGACGGAAAUCGUAGCAUUCACUCGCCAUGUUUCUCUAAGUUCACACUUACCAUUACGUAGAGCAAUCUAAAAGGCGGCGGCUAAUUACUUAUGGAUACUUCCAUAAACGAUUCUUACAACUGGGUGUCAGCAAAAUGAUUCAAAGAAAAACUUUGGUGAAAUCUGCGUCAAUUCUGCUUUUUCCUAUCGCUUUGUGGUCGUAGAUCGGAAACAUGUUAACCAUUUGGGAAAAUGUUGACGAUUGUAUCAGGUUUACACUUCUUUAUUUUCUUAGAAAUGCCUUCAUAAUUUCUGUAAAAUAAAUGACCACGGACUUAAAGCCUGGAGUGACCCGAAGCUUUUCUACGGUAUAAGGAAGCCACAGAUGCGUUCUACUAUUCGUAAUUGUCAUCAAAAUUUGUUUUUGUUCUCAUAAUACAUGCAUAUUUACAUAUAGCUAAUCAUGGGUGACGUACCGCAAACAAUAGCCUAGCGGUGGUUGCAUUGCGGCAGUUUUUGAGCUUAAACCAGCCUAAUGAAUCUAUUCCCUAAAUUAAGCUGCGCUCAGAAGAGAGAUGUGUAUCUAGCAGUGAUGUUAUUAGUUAUAAGGAUUUCCAAAAUGACUGUAAAACGGUUAAAUUAACCAAAUAGGCCGAAAAUUAAUCUUUAUUUUACACAGGAGAAUGUUGAUGCACAGUACUUGUUUCAUUUUGUGCCAUUUAUCAGGCCUUUUCAGUGUUGACGGAGGCAAAGAAAGAAGACGAGAAAAAACGAGCAACCUUGCUCAAUUUCUACGAACACACGGAUGUUUGCUUGCAGAGUAUGGAUGAAAAAGUUCAUGCCCUUUUGGAACAGAACAUCGGAAACCUCAAGGAAAAAAUAGCUUCCCACAAACAAAAUCUGCUGAAAAAAGAGUACAUUGUUCUUGUUGCAGGUUUGUUAUAA